CUCAUCUAACCAGACCUCGAAAAGAAGACAAAAUGGUGUGCCCAACAGACAAAAUCGUCCACGCAGCCAACUUCCCAACAAAAGAAGACCUCUCCGCCCACGCGCGAAGAGAAAUCCUACAGGAAAAAGACAGAAACCUCGUAUACAAAGGAGUCGAUGAUUCUUGGGCUCAUUAUGUUCUGGAUUCACUGGAUCGGGAUGGUGAAGUUGAGAGUAAACGAGCACGAGGACAGUUCUUUGGGGGGACUAUGUUGUUCAGUGUCUAGAUUACUGGUAUUAAUGCUGCCUAUGGUGAGAUACAGAGAAGGGAUAAGAAUUGUAUCAUCGUGAUGGUAUAUUUGCAUCCUUCAAAAUGCCUUAAGUAUUGCUCGCCAAAGGCUUCCCAACCGAAAG